AUGAUCGACAAACGAUCGGAAGAUAAGCAAGUCCGCUAUUGUACCAAUUUAGAUAUAGUUGAAGUACAGAACACUCCGUUAAUUUUUUUGGCACUCGAUGACCAUACAGGACCUGAUUUGCUAAUGGAUAGGGGCUUACCUUCAGCCCGGAGGCUCUAG